UUCAACCAGGGACUCUGACAUCCCACACUCCUACAAAUUGAGGGGAAACGCCUCUGAAAGGCAAGGAGAGAGGUUCUAGUUUCCCGUGGAUACACCAUUCUCCUUUCCAGGGACGUUGGUGUCGCAGGCCAGCUAGACCGCGUGGCCUUGCUUCCUACACUGAGGCUGAGGUACCACCCACCGGAACUGGCUGAGGUAGUGCGCAGUGUGCCCAGGGCAGCAACCAGCCGCUGGAGAGUAGGCCAGCCCUGAGGCAACCUGGGAGGCCUGUGGGCCUGAGGUGACCAGUGACCCGCACGGGAGCGUCAUUUGUUGUGAGAGGAGCCUGUGUCCUGCGGUGACCAGCGAACAGCGUGGCCUGUGGGCCUGAGGUGACCAGUGACCCGCACGGGAGCGUCCAUCUGUUGGGCGGGGAGCCUGUGUCCUGUGGGCCUGAAGUAACCAGUCAGCGGUGCAGGUCUAGCCAUCUGAGGGGAGGCCUGUGGGACCUCCAGUGCAGGAGCUUCCAUCUGAGGCCUAAGGUAACCUCCCUUACCCACUCAACAACCCAGGAACAUCCUCCUGACAGGAGGUCUGCAGCCUGAGGCAGCCACCUCUCUCUGAUGAGAGCCAUCACCCUCAGCCUUGGGCUAUGCAACCAGUAAUGUUAUCUCCUUCUGUCCCAGGACAUCGAGGGAGGGGGCUCUAGGACACAAGAAAGGAGAAUGUCUAAACCUAGUUGGAAGUCUCUAAGGCCAUGCUUUUUCCACAUUGACAUACUAAGUCUCCUCAGUUUUUCUUGCUCAGGGAUUCUACUACUUAUGGCUGACACAAAAACUUCCAAGUGUGAUGAACAUUUCAGUGUGGAGAAACUAAAGGAAUGGCCAGAGCCGGAGUCUGUUUCUUUAAUGGAGUUAUUAGCUCGAGAAGACAUCGACAAAGCUGUGCAUGCAGUAUUAUUUAGAGAAAACUAUGUUGUGAAGAGACUGGAUACAUAUUUACAGCAUCUGGCUGUUUUUAAGGAAAGAAGAAAAGAGAUGUUACAUAAGAAAUGGGUUGAAAAUGUGGUGCAGCCUCUUCAGCAGAGAAUUACAGAUAAAAUAAUUUCAUAUAGGCGACCUGGAAAAAAUCAAGUGAAAUAUGAACACUGCUUAAAGCACACAAAUAAACCGACUAAAGUGUCUUCAUCAUGUCUGUUUCAAAAACAGCAAGAGUUCAGAGAAGCAAAAGGGACCAGUUACCAACAUGGCAGAGGAAAAACGCAUGACACACAAAAGGAAGCCAAAGAAAGUGAGAAGGGUCUCUCCUUCACCAGAUCGCCCCCAUUCUCGCUCAGGCCCCGUUGCACCAGUCCCAGAGAGAGGCAGAGAGCCUCUGCACGGCUUAUGCAGAGCAAGCCUGGUGGCAGGAACAGGUACAAGGGAGUCAGUUCUGAAAAACCUGUCUUUACAUUAAAGUCUCAUCUGCCUAAGGAAGAGAAGACUGUCAGUCGAAGCCAGCUUGUUUUUGAAAGGCAGUUCCGAGCCUCAAGGCUCAGCCAGGAUAUCAAAGAGGCUGAAAAGAAGAGUCUGGUUGUAGGGACUGGACCACAGAGGCCACGCUCCUGGGCGGCAGCAGAUAGUAUGCCGGGACCAUCACUGGUCGGAAGAAGAGUGAUGACAGCCGAGAUCCUGGGGCAGCAUCUGCUCUCCCUGCAUCAGGCAGCCAAGUCAGGCCUCCAGUGGCCAUAGAGCUUCACCCCUUCACCUCUUGCAUGCAACUGCAAAUACUGACGGUGCAGCUUUUCUCUAGCUCCUGAUGUGUGCCUCUCCAAUCAACUAGAACUGUAGCCCUGGACUAACUCCUAUAACCUGCUAGUGCUCUGGCAUUAGCAGCUAGAAUUCGUUCCUCCUCCAGGCUGUGUUGCCUACUAGGGAUACCUUUCUGGAAUCCCUUGCCCAUCAGUACCCAGCUCAUCUUUCAAGAUCCAGGCUAGUCUCAGUCACCUCAGCCUCCUUCCCUCUGAGUACCACUGGCCUUGACUGAGAAACCCUACAACCUGCUAUGCCUGACAUUGAUGCACCCUGUUUGCCUCUUCUGCCAAGGAGGAGCCACUGUGUUGAAUGGACUGCUUUAUCUAGGUGAAAAUGCCUAUGAAUAGUUAUAUUAAUAUAAAAUGCAUGCAGUUUGUC